UCCAUGUGUUGUGUUAUACUUCUUGGGUCCUAUACUUCUCUCUCUCUCUCUCUCUCUCUCUCUGCAGCGACGAGCAAGCGACUCUUUCAUCUUUUUUCCUCUCUCGGGCUCCCUCCCUCCCAAUCGAACCUUGGUUCGCUUCUUCACGUGGCCUUCAACAUUUUGGUGCUUCCAUGGAGCAGCAUGAUUCAGUUCAACUGACUCACAAUGGGGAAGGCAUAGAUGACACAUUUGUGGAUCGGGUACUUUCUCAAGAUUCCUUUGAUGAGUUCAGUGUCUGGGGAGAUCGAGAGGUGAUUCCUAGAGUUGGAGAUCAGUACCAGGUUGAAAUUCCUCAGCUAAUGACAGAAUCUGAGUAUCUUUUGUAUUCAAAAGACCCAUUUGAGGAAGGAUGUGUGGAUUUUGUUCCCUGUGAUUUUCUAAUUGGUUUGCCCAUUCCAAUCACACGGAUCAAUACAGAGGUAAGGUCUAUGAAACAAAAAGGGAAGAAAUUUCUUGGUGACCCUAAUGGCAAAUUGAACAAAAAUCGGCACUCUGAAGCCCACAGCAGCAAGGCAACUGGUCUUACCUUAAAAGUUGAAGAUUCCAAUCAUAGUGCUGAUUCAGGAGAUUCAAAUAACUUAACUUUGGAACGGGAAAUGAAGAGACAAAUGCAUCAGAAAUACGGAGGUGAAGGAUACUGUUUAGUCCCGGGCUCCUGUGGUAGUUCAUGGAGUGAUAUUGAAGAGGCAAGUUUCCUCCUUGGUUUAUAUAUCUUUGGGAAAAACCUUGUUCAAGUGAGGAGAUUUAUUGACACUAAGACUAUGGGGGAUAUACUCUCACAUUACUAUGGUAAGUUUUACAAGUCUGAUGAAUACCUUAGAUGGUCAGAUUGCCGAAAGUUGAGGAGCAAAAGGUGUGCUUAUGGGCCAAGAAUUUUCACUGGAUUGAGGCAACAAGAACUGUUGUCUCGAUUGUGUCUCCAUGUGUCAGAAGCAUGCCAAAAUACUAUGUUGGAGGUUUCCAAGAAAUUCGGAGAGGGAAAAGUAUCACUAGAGAAAUACGUCUCGACUUUAAAAUCCACUGUUGGAGUGAAGAGUCUUGUGGAGGCAGUGGGAAUUGGUAAAAGGAAGCGAGAUCUAACAAGAAUUGCCUUGGAGACGUCAAAGUACAACCGUGUCAAUCCUACCCACCCAGAGGUACCAAUUGGAAAAGUAUGGUCUUCUCUUUCACCUAGUGAAAUCACCAAGUUUCUGACAGGUGAUUCUCGGUUAAGUAAAGCUCGGUCAAGUGAUUUAUUUUGGGAAGCCAUUUGGCCCCGUUUGCUAGCAAGAGGUUGGCACUCAGAGCAACCUAGGGAUACUGAGGCUGGUUACAUAGACUCUUUGGUCUUUCUUAUGCCCGGUGUUAAAAAGUUUUCAAGAAAGAGAUUAGAAAAGGGAAACCACUAUUUUGAUUGUGUUGCUGAUGUUUUGAAAAGAGUUGCUUCAGAUCCUUCUCUUCUUGAGCUUGACACCGAUGCAGAUGAAAGAAACGGAAAUAAUGAAACAAUAGAAAGAAGUCUUGAUACAAAAUUGGAACGACCAUCUUAUCUUAAGGCUCGAACUCCAAAUCGCAAUUCAGAUCUCGUGAAGUUAACUGUUGUGGAUACAAGCCUAAAGAAUGGGAAGUUGUUUAAGGUGAGGGAAUUGAAAACCUCCCCAUUUGAAGUCACAAAAAAGACCGCCUCUAGAAGUCAUUAUGAGGAGCACAAUACCAUGUUCUUUGAUCAAAAGGAUAUCAAUGGUUCAAAUUUAAAGAAUAUGUCAUCUGCUAUUGGUGAUUUGCCCACUGAGAAAUAUCUUGAAAUGGGCAAUUCAGACCGAGGGGUUCCGAUUAAAACUUCAUUUUUCGUCAAUGCAUGCAUAAAAAGCUCUAAGGCCUGCAAAAGUUCCGGUGAUGCCUGCAAAAGUUCCGGUGAUGACAAGCCAAGAAAGCCUCUAAAGUGUGGCCGGAGGGUGAAGGAAAGCAGUUUGAGCUUCUUAGUCCCAUUAACAAAACGGCGUAGGAAAUUAUUGCCUGGUACUCAGUCUGAGUUAAGCCAUUGCUUGCUCAGUUCCUCAGUGAGCCUUAGUUUGGGACAAGAGAAGAAUUGUUCAAGUGAGAAAAGCCUCUAUGGGUUGGAUUCAACUCAAGAACAGGUCUCAUCCACCAUCUCUUCAAGGGGCAGUGCUACUGAGGCACAUGAUGGCGUUUUCUGUCCUAAUGAGAAAACUGAAUCCCCCACACUGAUUGACCUGAACUUACCUCAGGUUUCGCCAUAUUCGGAAACUGCUGAAGGCUCCGUAGUGGAGUUGAGGAAUGGUGGAGAUGACCAAUCUUCCGAAAUUCCACAAAAUUCUAGUGCACCAGUACCCUCUGCUGAUUUGACUGGUAAUUUCAGAAGGCAAGGCACAAGGAAUAGGCCACCAACAGCGAGAGCAUUAGAAGCCCUUGCAAAUGGGUUUUUAACCACCAAUCGGAGGAGGAAGCAUAAAGAAUCCUUUUCUAGGAAAACCUCAACGGCCACACCUCAAGUUUAUAAAAAUGAGCAAGACAUGCUUGGUGAAAUGGUGGUUAAUGGGAAUUUUGGUACUGGUACCGUGGCUUCGUGAUGGCAGAAGUUGGAAAUGGUGUAUAGUGGCAAAAGUGACAUUCAGCAAAUUUCAUGUUUUGUCUAAGGGAACAGUGCUAUAGUUUCGGGAUGCUAAAUUCGUGUCAUGCAAAUUUUCCCUUCACGUGCGACUAUUUUUGGGCCUUGGUUUUUGAUGCUCAAUGAUAUCGAAGCUUUCUUCUGUCUUUUACCAUUAAUUCCUGUUUCUUUUCCCUCCACAAAUCCAAAAACCGAACGCUUUGAGCAUGUUGGUAGCAACAACUGAAUUGUCCCCUUGGAGUGGUUAUAAUUUGUACAGGUGACUGAUUUGUUUCUGUAGCUUUGAGGACUUAUAAUUGCAGCCUGCAGCAAAUAUGGCCCUGGGAUGAACAAGUUCGGUAAUGGGGAAAGGAGCUGAUGAUAUUUCCUAAAAACUGAUUUCAUCAGAAAAUCCAUCUAAAAACGGCGAGGUUCAAGAUAUCAGAUGUAGGAAAUUAUGCCGUUUUCAAAACUGAAAACUGAUGAAAUUUCUCUGUUUUGUUUGCAGGCGACAGGCCUAUCUUGACCACCAAUUCCGGUGAAUCAUUUCCUGUUGCUAUACUUUCCAGUCAAGUUUCUCUGUUGAAUCUGCACAGUUGUAGUGUAUGAGUUUCUUCUAAUCAGUUGUCGUGAGAUUUACAUCCAUCCAUGACGAAAAUGUGAUUGAUGAUCGGUUAAUUGCUCAUGGAAGGGAUGAACUUGUGCCAUUAUGAUCUUCUUGGCAAUUAGAAAGAGGAAGAAACAGAAGUAGGGAUGAAAUUACUUUGUCCAUUUCAGAAUAUCUGACUAUAUUUCCUGAUCUCUACCGUUGUUUACUUUUCCUUGAUUUUGUCA